UCAUAUCUUCUCUUUCACUUGUAUAAAUCCUUGUAUCAAUCCUUUUUCCUAUCCCCAACCGACAGUAUUUAUUUCAAUUUAUAUAACAAUUCGAUUAUAAAAGAAGUUCAACUUAUUUCUCAUUGUCAGUGAGAAACAAUACAGCUCUGCGCGAUCAUAUGGCUGCUGGCCUUGUUGGCAAAUCCAACGAACCACGCACAUACCAGUUUCUAUGACUACGAUGAGCAAAACAUUGCUAUUUCCUCCACCGUGAUUAAUACCUUACCUUUGUCGCGCUGUCAUCAAGUAGAUGCGUACGUGAUACGCUAUCACUGUAUUUCCUCGAUUAAGCAACGUCUCCCGACUAAUUCACGACUAACAUCUGACAUUCUGAUUCAAGAGUUCAUUUUCAAGAAAUGGACUCCGAGAGGAACGAUUCUGGUAAGAUCGGCGAACGACCGGUCACCCGGUGGCGACGGGACCAGGAAGACGUGCCCAGUACCUCGAGCAAGAUCGACAGACCGCCGACAGGUAUCGUGAGGUCUCAGAGCAAGUUCGAGCGACCAAGGUCUCGACGUGGACAUAAGGACGAGUCGUCGGAGUAUGUUAAUUCGGCUAGCUAUCGCUCGGCGACACCCGGACGUCUCGCUCUUGCGAGACCGCCGUCGGCAUCCCUUCUGUCUAAUCGUGCCCCGACCGCGGGUCCAGGCUUCAGGAUAGGCUCCGGAUUAAUUCGUUCCAACACGGGACUGGCAACUGCCAAGCAGUUUAAUGUCAGCGUGCUGGAUAGGCCAAUUACGCAGCAUGGGAUAGCGGGCGUGCGACCGGGGACCACCAGAGGUCUGCCGAUGACGAGACAGAUUCAGGACAAGAGAUACUACGAGGGUCUGCUGCAGCUGAAGAUAAGAGAACUGACGCAAGAGAUCGGAACGAUAAUGAAGGACAUUGAAGUUCAGAACAAGGAGAAGGCCACCUUCCUGCACUACGACAAGAGAGCCAAGAGCCUGGCCGCGGAGUUGACGACUCUACAGGCCGAGUUAGCGGACUACAAUCUUGUCGUGGACAAAAUGACCCUGGACGUCGACAAGGAAGUGAUCGAACAGGAAGCCAAGGAGUUGGCGCUGAUGAAUGAACGUAGGACGGCGGAAGUCGAGCGGAUGUUUGAGCAACGGAAGCAAAUGGAACAAAGAUUGCAUAAGAUGGAGAAGGAUAUUGAGAAUGAGAGGAAAAGGACCGAACACAUCAUUGAGAGUAUGGAUCCGCACACAAAAGAGAAAUACGAUCAUCUGUUCCAACAGAAGACGGAAUUGCAGGAGCAGGCACAGCAGAUGCAGCACGAUUUGGACCAACUGUCGAAAGAGCAAGCGCAUUUGGAAGAGCAGAUCGCUCUCUCUCAAUUGAAGCAGGAGGCGGUGAAGCUGCAAGUGAGAACCAUCGAGGCGGAGGAAAAGCGAGACAAGCUGCGGGAGGAAGAACGUAGAAGAUUGUCGCCGGAAGACGAGAAGGAACAACUUUUGCAGAAGAUCAAGCGCGACAACACCGACAUCGCCGCAACGGAAGCGCAGAUAGCCGAGAAAGAGAGGAAGGUGACGGAGCUCGAGCAACAACUGGAACAGCUGGAGACUGACAUGGAAGAAAAUCAGUCGGAGAAGCAAGUUAAGUAUCAGGAACUGCGUAAGCGUGAGGAAAUGAUGGAGGAAUUCAUGUCCACGUAUGAACAAAACAAACAGGAGGAAAUGGAAAAGCUGGAGAAACUCGAGCGGGAGAUCGUUGACAAGCUGGAGGCUAUGUCGAACGCAGUGGAGAACAACGAGUACUUCACGGAAGCCGAAGAAACGGCGAUUUUGCGUGACAAAUUCCCGUACAACGAUUAUGAGACCGCGCAUCGCGACGACGACUUCGAAGAACUGAAAAAAGAUUACGCAACUAUGCAACAAACAUUCAACAGACUGAGGAUCCUGGAGGAGAAGCUGCAGCUGGAAUCCAAGCAGAUGAAGGAGAAGCUGAAGAAGCAACAGAGCGAAUUGAUCGUCCUGGAGGACCUGGAUGGCUUGAAAACACGGAAUGAACUCGAGCGGGACGAGUUGAUGGCUGAACGAAAAGAAUUAGUAUCCGAAGAAACGAUCUGCGAGGACGAACUCAAGUCACUGCGAGCGGAAUAUAACGAGCUCAAAGAGCAAGUGGAGAAAUAUCCAAUUUAUCCGGAGAUCAGUAGCCUAGAAGAUAAAUUAGAAAAAUUGAAAGAAGAUAAUAAAAAGAUUGAGGAAUUCAUAACUAAAGAAAAAGAGCGUGUUAAUUGUGAGCCGCUCAAAGAGAAAGCUUUCAAACUAAUUAACGAUUACGGUGCGCUACUCCAAGAAAAUCUGAAAUCUCUUUAUUAGAUAACGCUUUGCCCAUUUUCUACAUAACAGUAAUUACUUCCUAACAGUAUUUACU